AUGGGGAUGGUAGUAAGAGAUGGUGCAGGGGAUGUUCUGAUGAUAGCAGGACAAAGGAUUGAAGAAGGCAUGACAGCUCUCCAAGCAGAGGCAAGGGCAACCUUCUUUGGGCUGAAAUACGCGUAUGAUGCGGGAUAUAGAAAUGUGGAGUUUGAGUCAGACUGCUUACAUCUGAUUGAGUUGGUCACCCAGGCUAAGAAGGAGAACUUGAGUGCUCAAAUGGUGGUAAAUGAUAUGCGGGAACUCGCCAAAAUAUUUGAUUAUUGUGUGUUUAAUUUUGCUAGUCGAUCAUGUAAUAAUGUGGCUCACACCAUAGCCGCAACUUCGCUUACCUUUGAGGAUGUUGUGGUAUGGCUGGAAGAAUGCCCUGAUUUUGUUUCUCACCUUGUCCAAACAGACAAAGGCCUCAGUUAA